AUGUUUGGCCCUUUGCCAAUCGAGAUCUGCCUGGAAAUCUUUGACCAGCUCGUCCUCAUCCUUGGGCCCGGGUAUCGAGGACUCAGGGUUGCUCUCAGAUUAAGGCUUGUCUGCAAAUUCUUUGAUCGCGAAAUCAUCAGAGCUAUUCAUACAACUCAAACCCUCGCCGUGGGCGUUUGGGUUGAUGCAUCCGAGCGCAUAACAUCUGAUUAUCUGCGAUUCCAGGUCUUGCGCAAUGGUGGAUCUGAUUUAUAUCUUAUCAACACUAUUCGCACCACUGUCAGAGCCUUGGUCCUCACAGAAAAAGGCUGCAUAUCCGAGACCGAUGUGCAUAAGUACACGACUACGCUAUCGGAAGCGCUUGUAAACGUGUUUCCAGCCCCAUUUCUUCUUUUUGCGCUACAUUCAAACGAUGGCAUUGAUUGGCUUCCAAAAGAACAUUUUGUCGACAGUCCUCAGCAUCUUCUUUCUGCUGCAGCAUGUGUGGGAAACACAGAUUUGGUAAAAAGACUACUCCUCCAGGGUGUUGAUUGCAAUACACGCAGCAAUAUCUUUGGAACCCCGCUUCACCUUGCGGCAUACUGUGGGCACGCUGCCACUGCCAAACUACUGCUCAAAUCAGGAGCACACCCUAAUACAAAGGCUAUACGGUAUAACGAGAUCGAAAACACCUUCUACCUAGACGACAAGGACCGGAAAGAUAUCUUUCCGAAAACACCACUUCAGAUGGCAUGCUACGCCGGCCAAUGGGAAAUUGUCAGAUUACUUCUCUUACCGGAACAUGGUGUUUCACUGACCGGUGUUCACUAUCAUAUUGCCAUACUGAGUGCCAUUAAAGGGAACCAUUUAGACAUUGUGAACCAUCUUAUCAACAAUGGAGAUCUGAAUUCCAUGCAGCCAGAAUUCCUUAAACAUUUCUGGCAUCGGGCACUGCGUGUGGCUUGCGAUCGUGGUGCUGAGGGUGUGGUUCGAAUGGUGCUUGACAAAGAGGUCGAUGUGGACUCGCCAAGAAGAGCACUGGAAUCUCCUCUGUCAUUGGCUGCUGGUCACGGCUAUGAGCAAAUAGUACGCCUUCUCUUAGAAAAGGGUGCUAAUCCAAACCGCCUGUCAAGGUCAGAGGCAAGCCGCAAGGCUUGUACUCCCUUUUCAAAAGCAGCAAUGUUUGGACACACAGGAUCACUUCAACUGAUGCUCGAUUCCUGUGUACCAGAAUUCCCUACAAAGAUCAUCUCUUCCGCCAUUGAUGGGGGGCAGAAACAUGUUAUCCAAUACCUUAUAGAGAAAGGCCUUUGGUCAUCGUUAUCUGAUGGAAUGAGCAUGAACUGUGACUACUCGCACUUCUUCCAAGGGGCAUGA